AUGGUGGCUCAUGUGGGAAAGGAUAUUGCUACAUCAACCAAAGUUUGGCAUGUUUUUCAAGCUCUUGGAAAUGUUGCAUUUGCUUACACUUAUGCAUGGCUGCUGCUAGAAAUUCAGGAUACCUUAAAGUCACCACCACCAGAGAAUAAAGUGAUGAAGAAAGUCUCCUUCUAUACCAUUCUUGGGACAGCAAUCUUUUAUUGUUCUUUGGGAUUCAUAGGUUAUGCAGCAUUUGGAAGUGAUGCUCCAGGAAAUAUUCUUACAGGAUUUGAUGAACCAGUUUGGCUUGUUGAUGUUGGCAACAUUGCUGUGAUCAUUCAUUUGAUUGGAGGUUAUCAGGUGUUUGGUCAAGUAAUUUUUGCUACAAAUGAGAGGUUGCUCACAUCAAGAUUGUCAACAUCAUUCUUUAAUAGAACUUACACCAUAAGGUUUUCAUUCAUAAGGAACAGGUCCUUUCACUUUUCAUUCAGCAGGCUUCUCAUGCGAACGGUCUUUGUCAUUUUAACAACUUUGGUUGCCAUGAUAUUUCCAUUCUUCAAUGCAAUCCUGUCAAUUCUUGGCUCAAUUUCCUUCUGGCCGAUAACAGUGUACUUCCCAAUGCACAUGUAUAUGAUUCAAGCAAAGAUCAAGAAGGGAAGUCCUACCUGGAUGGUCUUUUAUGUUCUAAGCUUUGUGUGUUUGAUUGUUUCUCUUGUUUCUGUUAUUGGUUCAGUUGCUGAUAUCUCCCAGAAUCUUAGGCAUGCAAAGAUAUUCCAUAUUGAACUCUAG